AUGUAUAGCCAUAACGUUGAAAACCAGCUCGAGUUUGUGCCAGCCUAUGUAGGAAAAGGUUUCGACGAAGUGGUAAUGCUGGGUACAAACGCGCUAGAGUUGUUCAACCUCAGGCUCUCCAAAGGCGCUGAUACACGCAUGGAACCUGAGGACGAAGGUCAAAUAGCUGGAGGCGUCAGCACAGGCUUCAAAGCAAGGGUUAAAAGUAGGGUUUUCUGUUCCAUCGAAAGCAAUGCGAAGCCGCUGCCUUUUGACAUGUGUGCCACGGACAACGACGAAGUAAACAUACCUGUCAUCAACAACUCAAAUCAAGGAAUGGUAUUCAAAAAAGAAGAACCAAUUGGAGAAUGGCAAGUCAAAGACUGGUAUGUCGAGCCUGAGAGGGACAUGUUGGAUCUGAACAGACCAAAAAAAUGGUGUUCCACUGAGAGCCGGAUAGAUACAUUAAUGGAGAUAAUCGAACAGCAUAACACUUUACCAUGUGAAGCGUGA